GGUUUGAACUCGGCUAUGAAACGUCGUUUUAUUUAAUGAGCUUGGGUUUUAGUUAUGUUAAAUGAAUAAUAAGCAAGGUCUAAAUGAAGUGUAAGUCGUAUCUAGGUCAUACGUUAUAUAAAUUCCAUAUAAUUAAACGCGAGACAAACAAACAUGGUGCUGUCAGAAGAAGAAGAGCUGAAAAGCCUCGUCACUGAAACAGCACAAGAGACCUUUCUGGAAGUUUUGUCAAAGCUGAAAGAGCUUUUAGGCAGGAAGUCUGUGGGAGACCAGAAGGAUUUAGAGAAAUGCAAGCAGGAGCUUUACUCUAACAGAGUCCUGCACUACUGCUCUGCUGCUCUCAGACUCAAUCCAGCCCAAACCACAGGAAGUUAUUCUUCCAUCACACAAAUGGCAGACCUCCUCAGCACAUGCUGUGUAGGGAUCGGCUCUGUGACAGAGCGAGAAGUGUUUCACCGUCAGUUUCUUCCAUCUGUAACUGAGAACAUCCUCUUCCUCGCAAACCGCAUCAUGAACAGAGCAAUAAGGGAUAAAGGACAAGCCGAGAUGAUCCGUCUGUUCCGGAACGUCUUUAAUUCUCUCAGCUGGCUUCUCAGAGCUCACACUCAUCUAAUCCCCCGUGUUUUCGAUUCCAAAUAUUACGAGAGCGUGCAGAUGAGUGAUGAUGACGAGGUCUCGGCAGUUAUAUUAAUGAUGUGGUACAAUCUGUUCAGGACUAACAGUGAAGUCGUGUCUGAGAUGACAAGUAAAGCCUUGUACAGCAUCACAGAUGACGUCGUGUAUAAAAUGUCAAGCAGCUCCAACCCUGUGAUUGGCAGCGCUGCUGUAAAGAUUUUGCUGUUGAUCACAGAGCAGAAGAGUCCCUCUGUGUCAAUGCAGCUUCAUGAACACUACAAAGGGCUGGAUGAUAUGGUGCAGAAGGACUGGUGGGGUAAGGGCUUCGACGCAGCACUCAGGCAGCUCAUCCAUCACCUGCACUCUGAAGAUUCUGAUAAACACACUCAGCACACGUCUGAGGAGAGGGUUCGAGCCGCCUGUGUGAUCCAGGCUGCAUGGAGAGCUCAUCAGACCCGGCGCAGGUUGAAGAAACUUCCCAGAGCCGUGAGCACGUUACAGCGGAGCUUCAGAGAAAGGAGACGCCAGAGGCAGGCGGAGACAGAGAAACGUCUCGCAGAGGAAGAACUCCGUCAUCAAGUGCGUCUGCGCAGACAGAGAGCGAUUCGGGAGUUCCGUCAGCGGCAGCUUCAUCUGAUGGACAUCCUGCCUGCCGAGCACUUGAACCGCUUCCUGGGUGAGCUGGAGAACAGAGCAGCUCUGCUUAUCCAGAGAGUGUGGAGAGGACACCGAGAGAGACAGCGAUUCGAGCAGAACAGAUAUCAUCUCAGACAGCACAAAGCUGCGGUGACUCUGCAGAGAGCGAUUCUGGCGUUCCUAAAGAGACGACGAUCUCAGAGGAACUUUGUAGCAACGUGGAAAAGCCCUAAAGGCCUAACCGAGAGCAGAAGGGCAGAACUGAAGAAACAGAUCGAAGAUCACAUCACUCUUCACCCCUCCUCCGUGGUGUCAGCAGAGGGUACUCUAGCGCUCCAUGAGAAAGCUCAGAGCGCCCUGCAGCAGCACCUGAUGACGAGAGCUGCAGCCAGGGCUCAGGACCAACACCGGGAAGCUCUCGUUGCGCAGAUCAACACGGACAUGGAGCUCCUGCUAAAUGCUGCCUCAUUAAAAGAUAUCCGUGAGGAAGACUCUCGCCUCUUCCUGAGCCGCUCAGCUCCGGUAGCCAUGCGUGCCCGGCAAGCCCACAAUGCCGUGCUUCAGAGCAUGCACCUACCCUGGUGGAAGAGGCUCGGAGACAAGUUUUGCAGUCCGGAGUCAAUUUCACAGAAAGACUACGACGUAGAGUUCGAGUCUUUGUAUCUGGGCGGAAGGUGAUGAUUGAUUGUAAUGUGUACAGUAUCAGAUUUACACUUGCUGUUUUAAUGCUUUUUUUUCUUUCUUUUUUAUUGUUUAUUCCUGAGCUUUGUCACUCUCCACUAAUCCUAGAAGUGAUUUGUUGUUUUGUUUGUAAAAAGAUAAUAACAUUUUCUACAAAAACAAUAUUAAGUGUCUACACACUUUACACUUCUGCUGUUUAGAUAUCUCGUUUUUGAAUUAAUUUUUUUUUUUUUUUUGGCCCAAACACAUUUCAAUAAAAGUUAUUAACAGUCUGUGAGAAGACGAGAGAGGAUAUCACGUUCAUUUCCCACCCUGUUAUUUUCCACAUCUCUUACUCUAUCUCAGGUGUAUAAUUGAAUCCUGGACCUUGGCUCUAAACC